AUGAUUCGCGCCACAUCCUGUGCGUUAUCCUCGAGGCCCCUCCGCUCGCCGAAGGCCCCGCCGCACCGCCACAAAAUUCGAUCAAUCAAAACGGGAGCGCGUUCGCCGCGAGACAGCUUCCAGUUGGAUUACUCAAUCGACUUCUUCAAGACGUAUAUCGAUACGCAGCGUUUCUACGCCGGCCACAAGUUGGAUUUCAAACAUCAGAGUUGCGCCGGCGGCCCUGGUUCCGGUGGUGCUGGUGGUCCUGGUCCUGGUGGUGGUGGUGGUGGUGGCGCCUCCGGAGGAGUCGUCGUCGGCGGCGGCACCAGCAACAGCAACAAUCCAGCAGCAGCGCAACAGCAGCAACAGCAGCAGCAGCAACAACAGCAGCAGCAGCAACAACAGCAGCAGCAGCAGUCCGGCGGUAAUAAUCCCAGCAACGGCAACAACACCGCCGCCGCCCUGUCCCUCGCCCAUCCGCACGCCCACGCCAGCCACGCCCACAGCAGUCACGCCCACAGCAGCCACGCCCACGCCCUAGCGAUAGCCCACGGUCAUCACGGCCUGCUGCCGUCGGUGGUCCCGCAGCAGCAGCAGCAACAACAGCAGCAACAGCAGCAGGCGCAACAGUUGCCGCCGGGCGUUGGAGUUGCCAGCCCGCUGCAGCAACAGCAGCAGCAGCAACAACAGCAGCAGCAGCAGCAACAGCAACAGCAGCAGCAGCAGCAGCUGAUCAACAACGGAGGCGUCUCCGCCGGCACACCCACGCUGCUCAUCGGCAACGGACCCAGCUCGUCCGGAGCGGGAACAGGAUCGGUUUCGGCCGCAGCAGCAGCAGCAGCAGCGGCAGCCGCAGCAGCCUCCUCCUCCUCCUCGUCACUACCGCACGUGGCGCCACACAGCCUGGGGCUGAGUCCGCAGUCGAGCGCCGAUUCGCAGCAGUUCAACAUCUUUCCGGCGAUCUUCAGCCGCCAGCUGAACUUCUCGGCCGGCGGGCAGGGCGGCAAGCUGAGCAUGGACGAGCUGCGUCCGAAUCUGGUCGGCGGACUGCUGGGGCUGCAGCAGGGCCUGCUGGAGGAUCACGCGAGCAUGCAGCACGGCGGCGUGGGGCAGGACACCAAGUUUAUGUCGUUCCAGGACCAGCGGCUGAUGGGCAUCGGCGGCUCGCACGAGAACCGGCUGCUCAGUUUGGCCAGCUCCGUGCAGGAUACGCGCUCGCCCAUCACCACGCUGGAGAAGUCGUCCUCCUCCUCGCUGAACCACCAGCGCAAGUGCAGCAGCACGCCGGAGGACUUCAGCGCCCUCUACUCCGGCCUGCCCACUCCCGGCAUGGACUCGUCCUCGCACCACCACACGCCGGCCCACACGCCGCCGUCGCGCCUCUCCGAUCACACCAUCUCGGCGGAAGGCGCCUUCAAGAAGCUCAAGCCGGAACCCAACAGCGGCCUGUCGACGGUUUCCGCCGGCAUCACCUCGCCCGGAAGCGGAUUAUCAUCGCUCAGCCAGCACGCCGGCCACACCCCAACCACAGCGUCCUGCCCCACGCCCGCCCGCCGGAGACACCGCACCACAUUCACACAGGAACAAUUAGCGGAACUGGAAGCGGCGUUCGCCAAAUCGCAUUAUCCGGAUAUUUACUGCCGCGAGGAGCUGGCGCGAACCACCAAGCUGAACGAGGCGCGGAUUCAAGUCUGGUUUCAGAACCGGCGGGCCAAGUACCGCAAGCAGGAGAAGCAGCUGCAGAAGGCGCUGGCACCGUCUGUGAUCCCAUCCUGCAACGGGAUGAUGCGGAACAUCCAGGGCUACAGCGUCUCGCGCGGCUAUCAGCCGUAUCCGCACCACAACACCAUGAAUCGCUAUCCCCAGGACCUGUUCCAAAUGGGCGCCUCCUCGUAUCCGGGCAUGACGCAGCCGUUCUCCAUGGCGCACAGCACGAACAUGGGCUCCGUUGGGGUGCGUCAGGACUCGAUGGGUGAGUUCCACGGCAUGUCGCCGGAGGACGAGUGGUACAACAAGAGCCUGUCCGCCCUGCGGAUGAACUCGUCGCAUCAUCCCAACCUGUCAGCCCCCAUGCUGCAGUACCAGACAUAAUCAAAGACCUUUGACGACUUCUUUUAAAAGAUCGCGCCUUAAUGGCCCUUUGGGGCGCGGUGUUUUAGGGUGGAGUGCGUCAAUCGA